AUGGACAAGCAGGCCAAGAUGGUUCUGGGCCCGAAGCCCACCAAAGCCUGUGUCAAUUGUAGGCGACUGAAGAUGAAAUGUGAGGUUUCAGGGCCGCCACCCUGUCGUCGAUGUCGACACACCCAGACAGCCUGUAUCUUCAAGCCUCGAGCUAAUGCCUCGGCGAUUCACGAAUUCAUCGAUGAGGCCCAGAGCGAGUUAUUGGCUCCGCGAUCAUCAAUGCAUGAUCAGCAGGCGAUUCUAGACCGGCUGGAUCGCAUCGAGGCCGCACUGGGAAUCACCCAAGAAGCCCCAGAAGAAGGAAACGACUCUCGCGAUAUGAGUAUUGAUGAAGACUCAGAUUCUGUACCUUUGCAAGGCGUUUGGAAUGCUGUCGCCCAUCUGAGAUCCAUCACACGACCUGCUCCCGAUGAGAAUAUCUGGUCGCGUCCAACGAUAAAGAGACUAUGGAGCUCAUUUUUGAAUAAUCUUCCACUGCUUCACUUUCUCAGCGACCGAGAGGCAUUUGCGUCUCCGACACCUUUGCUACUUGCAUCUGUUCUGUACAUUUCUGCUCUUCAUCAUCGGUCGUCAGAGCUAGCCUCAUUCGAUGCAGGAUACUUUACAGCCACGUGCUGUGCAAUUAAUGAGCUUCUAACUCCGACACUCAGACCUGGUUCCUCUACGAGGCGGGAUAGUCGAAUGACUGAUACUUCAGAUUAUCUCCCACCAAAGCGAAAAGCGUUCAAUAACAUCCUUGGCCUCAUUAUGGCGAGCUUGAGUUCUGAAGCUUACAUCGAUGCAACUGGUUCAUGGAUUGCAAUGGCUUAUCGUCUCUGGUUGGACCACUGCCCAUCUCAACUAGAUUCUACGACUCCUGAGUGGAGGGGGUUAUUUUCUGGUCUUCAGGUCAUCGAUAUUGAGCAUGCCUCUAUGCACAUGUCAUAUCCAAUGCUACCACGCCAGCCGCCUACGCCGGGCAUACAACGUGUGGAUAACCACCAGGGAAAUGCAUACCAAGGCCUUUCCGACAUGAUGCAUCAUGGCCUGAGCCAUUUCGUGGGCAGAGGAUUACCUACCAUCUGGUCAUCAAUAAACAAUAGCGUGCCUGAUAGUCCACCAGCCGUCGAGACAUCAUUCACUGAGCAGGACUCGGAGGUGAUUCGCCUCUGGGCACGGAAACUUGAUGACUGGCUCGUUCGAUAUAAUGGAGCAUCCCAACCAUCGCCCUCCGAUCGACAAGGAAUCGUGAUUCUUCUGCAAUACCACCUCCAUAAACUCUAUGUUUUGUCUAUUUACCACCCCGCUCGAGGCUUCAACCUCAGCUCGGCCAAAAUCACUCCUGUCGAGAGACAUGAGCUGCUCGUAUCGGCACGAGCAGUGCUGAGGCUAAGACAGGACGACGCUAGCAUCUGGUCUAACUGGGAUCUUAUUAUGAUCACCUGGGCUGCAAUUCUUUUGCUUCGGGGCGUUGAGGAUGGCAUGACGCAUCAAGACGAUCUCCACCUAAUCCAAGGCCAUCUCCGCAGCCUAGAAAGAAGCAACCAAUCCUCCGAAAGCAUUCACACCAUCCUAUCAGAACGCCUCGAAUCUAGCAUGCAAGCCAUGCACACCCCACCAGACACGACAUCUGCUGUAAACGUCCCCGUCCCAACUGCGGACGAUUCGUGGACCAUCUUCGACCAAGAGAUCAUGUCUCUCGCAAAUCCGCCUUGGCUCUUCCAAGAUUCCUCAUUCACAUCCACCCCCAAACCUCCAAAUCAAGUUCAACAAAUGCAGCCAGGCUUACAGUCUGUCCAUUAUGGCUCUGGUAUUUUAGGGACCCCUAGCCAUCAAUUUGCUGCUGGUGCGCAAUGGGGCACACCGGAAGGUAUCCAGGAUGCAUUGCCGUCAACGUUGAAUCGAAUAUUCGGCAAUGAGAAUCAAGGUCAGGAUAAUGGGCUUAUCUAG